CAAAUUAUUAAUUGUCUGAAAAUGUCUUCAUUGCCUCAUAUUGAGACUUUUACCCAAUGGGUUACGCUGGGUUGCGGUGUAAAGGUUCGGUUUACAAAAAUGGAAUUUAAUUGGGAUGAUUUUGACGCUGAAGGGAAUUUUGACGCAAGUCAAGAUCAGACAAUAUUUUUAUGCAUUCCAGGAAAUCCAGGAAAUGACCAAUUCUACCAAGUGUUUGGGGGUUUUUUGUUGCAAGCUUUUGCUUUGGGAUCAGCUUACAAGCAUAUCAAAUUUUUUUCUAUUGCUCAUGCUAAUCAUGUUCCUUUGCCGCCAGGAAUUAGUGAAAAUGACCCGCAAUGUAAUAGACGAUACAAUUUGGACGAACAAAUUCUUAUAAAAAUGAGAUUUAUUGACGAAUAUUUACAUACAAUUAUAGGCCCGAAAAAAGCAAGAAUUUUUCUUAUUGGACAUUCCAUUGGUGCUUAUAUUGCUUUGAAACUUCUCCCAAAACUUUUAAACGAUGGAUGGGAUUGUGUUGUCUGUUAUUGUCUUUUUCCUACGGUUGAGGAUAUGGCAUUGACACCGAAUGGGAUUCGUAUGGGCCCUAUUGUUAAAUUUAUCAAUCGUUUAGACUCAAUUUUUAAAUGGAUUUUUUCUUUAAUUAAUUGGUUUAUCCCUCAAAGUUUUAAAAGAUGGGUUGUAAGGAAAAACUUUGGCGAACUUAUGGCUAAUAGCAAUGUUGAAGCAGGUGUUGAAUUAAUCAAUCCUCUUGUUGUUCGGAAUAUUGUACACAUGGUUUUUCAUGAACUCGAACAAGUACGCAAUUUCGACGACUCGCUCCUCGCUGAACCUCAAAAACAUUAUGUUAUGUUUUUCUAUGGGCAAGAGGAUGGUUGGGUUCCGGUGGAAUUUGCAGCUAGAAUGAAGAUGCGUGCACCAAGAGGAACUCUCCAAGUUUUAAUUGACCAAAGGAGUGAAAUUGACCAUGCUUUUGUUUUGAAAAAUUCGCGUCAAAUGGCUGAACGAUUAAAUCGACUUAUCAUGACGAAACUUGGAAUUUUCACUUUCUAA